CUCCCCCGGGGGCAGGGCACGCGGGGCCCAAAAUGGCGGCCAGCCGAUACCGGCGUUUCCUUAAGCUCUGUGAGGAAUGGCCAGUGGACGAGACCAAACGGGGCCGGGACUUGGGCGCUUACCUGCGGCAGCGGGUGGCACAGGCCUUUCGGGAGGGAGAGAACACCCAGAUUGCAGAGCCAGAGGCCUGUGACCAGAUGUAUGAGAGCUUAGCACGACUCCAUUCAAACUACUACAAACACAAGUACCCUCGUCCCAGAGACACCAGCUUCAGUGGCCUGUCUGUGGAAGAGUAUAAGCUGAUCCUGUCUACAGAUACCUUGGAAGAGUUUAAGGAAAUGAAUAAAGGCAUGUGGAAGAAGCUGCAGGAGAAGUUUGCCCCCAAGGGGCCUGAGGAGAAGCAUAAGGCCUGGGCCCGGGUCUUGUCUCGCCCACGUACCUGAGUGGAGUCUUGUAUAUUGCUGUUGUCAAUAAAACCGCCUGGCUUCCCCC